GACGGGUCUCUGCUCUAGGACGGGUCUCUGCUCUAGGACGGGUCUCUGCUCUAGGACGGGUCUCUGCUCUAGGACGGGUCUCUGCUCUAGGACGGGUCUCUGCUCUAGGACGGGUCUCUGCUCUAGGACGGGUCUCUGCUCUAGGACGGGUCUCUGCUCCAGGUACUAACGUGCUGCAGCCCAGACGGAGCACGCUGGAUGAAACCUGCUCAACGACAGCAUCCUCUUACGGGAAUAACCACCAACACUAUGGAGUUGGGAAGAGUUUGGUCCAGACAUCAGAGGAUGGUGCUGGUCACAAUGAUGAUGUUCAAACUGGGCUUACUGUGCACCGCAGCUGCAGACAAGUGUUUGUCAUCUCCAUGCAACAAUGGUGCAACAUGUCUUGACCACCUGGGUGACUAUGUUUGUGUGUGUCCCAAAGCACCUGUGUAUUACAGUGGCAAAAACUGUGAUGAACUACAUGAUGCCUGCAUUACAGUACCUUGUGCUAACUGUACCAGCACACCUGGGACCGAUGAGUUCAGCUGCAACUGCCCAGAUGGCUUCACAGGGCUAAACUGUGACCAGAAUGUAGAUGAAUGUCAGAGCAGCCCCUGCCAGGGUGCUAAGUCCUAUUGUGUUGACGGCGUCAAUGGCUAUACAUGUCAGUGUCCCGCUGGACUGGCUGGGAAAGACUGCCAGGAUAAUAUGAGCAUUUGUUCAGUAGAAACAUGCCAGAAUGGUGGCUCCUGCAUGGACAUUCCUGACAGUGGGCCCCGGUGCCAAUGUGCUGCUGGGUACCAGGGCACAAACUGUGAGGAGAAUAUUGAUGAAUGCCAGUCUGACCCCUGCCAAAAUGGAGCCAUCUGUAAAGAUGGAGUCAAUGGCUACCAGUGUUUCUGUGUUCCUGGAUUUCAGGGUUACAACUGUGACUUGGACAUCAAAGAAUGUUCCUCCCAACCCUGUCAAAACAAUGGAACAUGUCUGGAUAAAGUGGAUCACUACUUGUGCGACUGUGCUCCAGGUUUUAAAGGGAUUAACUGUGAGCUGGAGAUUGAUGAGUGUGAGGUCCGACCCUGUCAGAAUGGCGCGACCUGCACCGACCACGUAGCCGUGUACUCCUGUGAGUGCGUGGGAGGUUUCCAAGGCCACGACUGUGAGAUUAACGUUGAUGAAUGUGCCAGCAUGCCCUGUCUGAAUAAGGGCAAGUGCAUAGAUCAGAUAAACAGCUAUGAGUGUGACUGUGAGGGGACCGGCUUCGUCGGCGACCAGUGUGAAGAGGAUAUUCCUGAAUGCGUGUCUGAUCCUUGCCAGCACGGAGCCACAUGCUUAGAGGGAAUCAGCCAGUACAAGUGCCUCUGCUGGGCCGGUUACGAGGGACAGAACUGUGAGGAAGAUAUAAACGAGUGUGAGCUGCAUCCAUGUGACAAUGGUGGGAGAUGUUUCCAACGCUCAGACGUCCAGAACUACGGAAUGCUUCUGGAACUCAGCAACAGCAGUUUCAGCUACGAUGCUGCUGCUGGCUUCAUCUGUCAGUGUCUGCCAGGAUUCACCGGAGAAAACUGCUCCGUCAAUGUGGACGAGUGUAAUUCUGCUCCCUGUCAACACGGAGGAAUCUGUCAUGAUGGACUGAACUCCUAUCAGUGCGUGUGUCCUGAUGGAUUCACAGGUGUACACUGCGAGGUGGACAUCGAUGAGUGUGACAGCAAUCCCUGCCAGAAUGGUGGCACGUGCGAAGAUUCUGCCAACGCCUACAGGUGUCACUGCCCCAUGCCGGACAAAGGCCAGGACCCCUGGGGGGGGGCAAACUGCAAUAUCAGCUUGGACGGUUGCCGUCAGCACCAAUGUCAGCAUGAAGCGAGCUGUGUCCCUAUCCUGACCAACGAUGGGGAGCACAGUUACAUCUGCCAGUGUAUGCCUGGCUGGACUGGAGAACACUGCAACACGUCCACCACAUUUUCAUUCAACUCUGAGGGUUACGUCCACAUGCAAAUCCCUGUUUUCAAAAAGAGGACAAUGCGAGAGGCCGAAGACAAAGGCUAUGGACUCCAUAUGCAACUUCGUUUCAAGAGCACCCUUCCAGACAUGGUGCUGUUCUACCGGGGAACCAUGGACCGCUUCGUCUCUUUGGAGCUUGUUGAAGGGUCCCUUCAGGUGAGGGUGAAGUCAGGGAAGGUGCUGCAGGUACGUUACCCUGGGCCGGUCAAUGACGGAGAAUGGCAGCAGGUGACUGUGACAAUGGAUGAGAGGCUGGUUCUGACGGUUAAAGGACCUAGCUGUGAGGAAGGAUGCCAGGUGAAGAAUGAAGGUCACAACUAUCUGAUGUUUCUCCAACCCAGCUUCUUCCAAGAGCUUUAUUUGGGAGGUGCACCACAAGAAUGUUUGAGACACUUAUCCAGUGGAAAGGGAUUUAUAGGCUGUAUGGAAGACCUUAAAAUUGACCAAAAGCUGCUGCUGCCUCAAGACCUCUUUAGGGAGGAGAAUAAGGGCCUGGAACUUGGAUGUUAUAAAAAGGACUGGUGUGAGGAUAAGCCAUGCUUGCAGAAUGGAGUAUGUGUGGACAUGUGGGUUCAGGCCACCUGCCUGUGUCACCGACCUUUCUAUGGAGAACACUGUGAAAAAGAAUACUCAUCUUGGACAUAUGGCCAUGAAAAGACCACCAGUUACUCUGCCUUCAACAUUUCGGGCAACCAUGGAGAAAACUUCACAAUCUCCUUUUUGAUACGCUCUCUCAAACCUAAUGGCAUGUUGAUGCAGUUCCAGAGAGAAGGACAUCCCUACCUGACCAUCUACCUGAAGGAAGGCACUGUUGCUCUCUACAGUCCUCACACCACACUGCUGUCAGAGGCCAAGAUGGUUGCUGACGGAAACAAUCAUUUGGUAACCAUAAAGUUUAACAAUGGCCAUGUGGGCUUCCCUAAAGCAGGGAAUCAUCGUGCCCUAGGUAAUGUAAGUAUAGAGGAAGGAGAUCUGGCAUUUGUUGCGGGGUUUCCUACUGGAAAAAGCAUGCAUGCCUGGGGUGGACAUUUCAAGGGCUGCCUACAGGACAUUCGGCUGGACCACAAACAAAUGCACCAUGGGGAUGAGUUGGAAGAGUUGGAUGUUUACCAGGCCAGUUCAGAGGGCGUACUGCAGGGAUGCCAGAGUGAUGACACGUGCAAGGAUAAGCCCUGUUUCAAUGGUGGACACUGUCAUGUCACCUGGAAUGACUUCAGGUGUAACUGCCCCGUUAACUUUUCAGGCCAGCUGUGCGAGACACGUUUGUGGUGUAUUGACAUGCCUUGUUUGGAUGGCGUGCGCUGUGUGGAUCUACAAGAUGGAUAUGAAUGUUUAACUGAAGCUACUUUUCAGGACAACUCCCUCCAAUUUGUUGCCAAUGGUUCCUUGCUGACACCGGUUACAAACAUCACCGUGGACAUCCGAACGCGAGAUGAGAAUGGCAUCUUGUUGCGGGCUGCUGGUACAACUGAAGUCUUCUGCCUGGGCUUACUCAACUCCAGUCUGCUGGUCAAACUGUACAGCGGCAAUGGUGCGGAACUGUUGGCCUUUGUGGGUGAUAGGACCAUAACAGAUGGAGCAUGGCACCACAUCCAACUCAGCAUGGUCGACCCUGGACAGUUAGUGUCUCGCUGGCGCCUCUCCAUCGAUGGACACAGAGCUGGGGACAGCUUUGGGGUUGGCGGCAACCUAAAUUUCCUUAAUCAAAGCAAAAUCUGGCUAGCAGAGAAAUACAAUGGAUGUAUAGGGGAGGUGAGAGUAGGCAGUGUCUACUUGCCACUCAUCAACGUACCAGACACCCCUCAGAUGAGUAGGUUCUCCAGACUGAGUGGGCAUGAACCCACCAUUGGAUGCCAAGGAGCUCUGAUUUGUGAUUCCCAGCCCUGCCUCAACCAGGGUGUCUGUAAAGACCAAUUUAAUGAGUUUAACUGCAGCUGCCAACCUGGUUGGGAAGGGACACUGUGUGAGACACAGAUUAAUGAAUGCUCUUCACAUCCUUGUGUCUAUGGUGUGUGUAAAGACCUCCUGGCAGACUAUCAAUGUGACUGUGAGCCUGGAUAUGCAGGUAAAAACUGUCAGGACGAGGUGGAUAAUUGCUUGGAAUUCAGCUGUGUGAACGGAGGAAAAUGUGUGGAAGCAGCAGGCACUCAUACCUGUGCGUGUCCUCCUGCCUACAUUGGCAAACGCUGCCAGUGGCGGUACCCUAGAAAUGUAUGUGAUGCAAACACAGAAUGCCUUAAUGGAGGGAUUUGUAUUGGUGGUGAUUCUGGAGGCAACUGCACCUGCAAGCCUGGAUACACCGGUGACAGGUGUGAAACAGAAGUAAACGAGUGUGAGUCUAGUCCCUGCCUCAACGGUGCCACCUGUCUGGACCGACUCAGCCACUACCAGUGUGUGUGUGUCCGGGGCUUUAGUGGCAAAUUGUGUGAAAGCAAUAAAGAGGAGCAGACGGAACAAGUUCCCUGGCUGGCAGUUACCAUCCCGCUGACAACUUUGUGUGCCCUAUUGACUAUUCUGGUGGUGUUUUUCCUCAUCAUGACAGCGCGAAAGAAACGCCAGUCUGAGGGCACAUACAGUCCCAGCUCCCAGGAGGUGGGUGGUGCCCGGCUUGAAAUGGGGAGUGUCCUCAAAGUGCCUCCAGAGGAAAGGCUGAUCUAAGACCUGAAGCUCAUCCUCACAGCCUUACUUCCAAAGGUUAAAUAUCCAGGGCAGAGAUAGCAUAUGCUCUGCAGUGGCAAACAGUUUGCAUUCCCUCCCUAUUGAGAAGAAAUGGAGGACAAAUCAAUAGCAGGCCCUCUGCUUGAAUAACUACUAAUGUUAGACCCUGAGAGUUGGAUGGGAAAAGACCUGACAGCGAGAGAGACCAUCUCAUGAUUACCUGGACUGUCCUGUAACAAAAAGAGAGUCUCACCCUAAUAAACCCACUGAAAGGUUGAGUUUUGAGGACAAUGUCAAUCUCAAUGAAGUUGUUUGACAACCUGUUUGUGGUUAAAUAAGUGCAACUACUUAAUCAUUUAUGACUUAGCAAAGAAAAACUCUCAUCUGCAUUUUUUAAAGUGUCUUCCAGGGAGCCUCUGGUGUGAAUAAAUAGAUCCAUAUAGGUUAUUUAAUAGAAUGUGACUUUUAAUGUGAAUGUGCUGCUGGAGAAGACUGCAGCCCCCACCCCCCCCCACCCAAAAGAGUCGUAACUGCUGUAUCAUAUUGUCAUUGUGCACUGCUGAUCAUCUAACCCAUAUUUUGUGUAAUAUUUUGUUUUGCUCAUUGUUUUGUGUUAUGUAUUGUAUAUGUCGAGGUGGUACAGAAAUAUAUUUUUGAAUAUUUUCAAAUGGAGCUGUAUUUAAUUGCUGAAAUGUCAUUACUAUGGUUUGAGGAUGCCACAUCUCCUUUAGUGAAUAUGAAUAAGUUCCAGAGUCAGAAAGAAAUUGGAAAAAAGGAAGACUUAAAUUUUGCAUUAUUUUUGGCUAAAGUAAUGCAAAAUUGCAUUUUAGUUAACAUUUUUCUUCAAGAAAAAGAGCGAGAAAAGUAGACCAAACCUAUCUUGCUCUGUUUUAAAGUAGCUAAAGGCAGGGAAUUUAUUUAUUGAAUGAAGGGAUCACGAGGACGCAAACUUAAGUUCAGAAUUUAAAAAACAAUACAUUCCGCUAUUGAUGAGACAUGAAAAAAGUAAGCAUUGCUAACUGCAGGGAGAUUUGUUUUCAGGACACACCUUCUCCAUAUGAGGAUGCAAGGAUUAGAGUAAUUACACAAGUACAGAAAGCUACAAUGUAUCUUAUAACUCAGAGAGAGUAUUUGGCACCAUGAUGCGGUCAUCGUGUCUAGUCAUUUUUUUACAUUCAUAAACUUGCAGCUCUGCUUACUGUGGAUAUUGUAGAUUUUAAAACAAAUUACAAAAAAUCCAAACAAUUUAACUGAAAGACAACAUAGUUUUCUCACUACAAUUUUGUGGCACAACUCAGACACACCUUUGAUUUUGGUGGGUCUGUAAAAAUCCGAUAGUCUGAUCAGAGAUCAGACUGAUAUUAAUGUUUAUUCUCUUAUGAAUUUUUUUUUUAAUUAACCCAUAAAGUCUGAUGUCACUGUAUUUAUCAUACACCCCAAAUGUCCAGCCUGUCAUUUGCCUUCACACAUUGCUUAUUAAUGCUGUUAACUUUACAAAGCCAUGUAACCAGGGUCAUCAAUGGUGCUUAUCUUUAUCUUGAGUUUACGCGGAUGCAUGGCAUACAUUUUACGUUAUUAUUUAUGUUAUGAUUUAUCACCGCAUUUAUGUCUGGUGUUCUCCAUGUACAAUAAAAAAUAAAUAUCAAUUACAUAAGUGAAGCAUAAAUUUGCAGAGGUCGACUUUUUACCAUUUCAGAUAUCCAAGCCUUAUUUUUGGACAGUCAUUUGUUAAGAUAGGGUUUAUUUUUAUUAUUUCAGGGCAGCUUUCCAGUUAGUGAGAAAAACAUCCAUUUUAACUUAACAUUAUUAGGAAAAUAUUGUUAAUGGAAGAAGACAGCAAUCAAUAAAACUAAGCCCCAUAAUCUAAUAAAACAGCUUGAUGUCUGCUCUGUAUACGUUUAGAUUUUAGUCUGAAAACAGAUGAGUAAAUGUUGUAUUUUCUUAAUGUUGAUGAGCUGCAUGAAAUAAUUGGCUCUUUUACCUCACAGAAAUAAAUAACCAAUAAACGAUUGUAAAUUGUUACUGAGGAUAUUGUUGUAUUGAUGUAUUCCAUCAUCUCUGUGUAGAAUUUGCUGUCGUUCAUCCUAUUGACCACAACCAAUAAAAUAAUUUAAAAUAAUCAGAAAUCCCCAUUACAAAUGACUGGAAAUAUGGAUGCAUGUGAUAUCCUAAUAUGUUAGUAUUCCAAGUAUUCAGCGCCUA